AUUAUUUGAUUGUCUAUUAGAUGAUUUGCAUUCAAGAGAUUAUUCAUCUUCUUUCACUAAGUAUAUUGCUAUUUACAUUAUUUAUUUACAUUUGCGGUCGUCCGUCACCAGCAAAGUGCCUACAUAUAUAUGUUUAUGUGGCACACACUGUAACAAAUCGAACGAUAGACUAUAUAGGUAUAACCUAUAACAACGUAUCAAUUUCUGUUUUACCGUACCACCCGGCUUCGCAGGCUCAAUCGAUAAAAACGUUUUAUUAUUGUACUAUAUAAACACAUUGCCGGAGCAUGUUUCACACUGCCAAAUAUUUUGACUAAUAUAUUUUGUGAUAACACAAUUUAAAGCGACUUGAAAGCCUCUUUGAAGAAAUAUGUUUUAAGUCGAAGUUUUGUAUCUAUUGGAAGUAUAUAUAGUCAUAUUUAUAGAGAAGUAUAAGCGUAAAAGCCUGCGCUAGAAGAAGCACAGAGUUUGCCAAAAAAGUUAUAUUAAGGUAAUAUCAAAAUGAUCGCCAUUGGAUUUGAAGGUAGUGCCAACAAGUUAGGCAUAGGAAUCAUCAAAGAUGAUGAAAUAUUGUCCAAUGUUCGCCACACAUACAUCACACCUCCUGGUGAAGGGUUCCUUCCCAGAGAAACUGCACAGCAUCACCGAGAGCAUGUACUGCCAGUAUUGAAAAAAGCUCUGGAAGAUGCAAAGUUGACGUUAAAAGAUGUUGAUGUGAUCUGUUACACAAAGGGUCCUGGAAUGGGUGCGCCCUUGACAGUGGCUGCAUUAGUAGCACGUACGGUGGCACAACUGUACAACAAGCCUAUUGUAGCUGUUAAUCAUUGUGUGGGCCACAUAGAGAUGGGCAGACUAAUAACCAAAAGUAAUAAUCCCAUUGCACUGUACGUAUCCGGUGGAAACACACAAAUCAUCGCAUACUCUCAGCAGAGGUACAGGAUAUUCGGUGAAACGAUUGAUAUUGCGGUUGGAAACUGUUUGGAUCGAUUUGCAAGGCUAUUAAAUCUCUCAAACGACCCCAGCCCCGGGUACAACAUUGAGCAACUCGCAAAGAAAGGUACAAAAUUCGCACCGCUGCCAUACGUCGUCAAGGGGAUGGAUGUCUCCUUUUCCGGGAUAUUAAGCCAUGCAGAGGAGCGCAUCGAAGGCUGGCUCAAGUCGAAAGAGUACACAGCGGAAGAUCUGUGCUUCUCCUUGCAAGAAACCGUGUUCGCCAUGCUCAUUGAAAUAACAGAGCGAGCGAUGGCUCACGUGGGCUCGAGCGAGGUGCUGAUAGUCGGCGGAGUGGGCUGCAACGAGCGGCUGCAGGAGAUGAUGGGCGUGAUGUGUCGGGAGCGCGGAGCUACCCUCUACGCCACGGACGAGCGUUUCUGCAUCGACAACGGGGUCAUGAUCGCCGUCGCCGGGCUGCUGCAGUUCAAAGCCGAGGGACGGAGCACCGCCUGGAAUAAGACCAACUGCGUGCAGAGGUUCAGGACGGACGACGUGCUGGUCACCUGGCGCGACUGAUUUUCUUACUCUUCAAUAAAGCCUCUUCUCUUUACACAGCCAA